AUGUCAGAUUUCCUAGGCAAAAAAAACAUGCUGUUCGCACCGCAAGCCAUGCCUCAUCGCAGACAAGUUCUCAUUGUGCCUUCGGAAACUCUGCACCCGGCUCCGAAGGUCGCCGUUAAAAGUCACUGCCCGCGAUCGUUUGUGUGUCCGGCGAGCAGCAUUAAUAUUAAUGAUAAGCAUUCAUGUAAACCGGCCCGAUCCAACGGUCGCGGGGUCUCCCGAGUAAUCAGCAGUUCCCCUAAAGAGGUACCAGCUGGGCCCUCUAGCCUUAAAAAGGUUCAAAGUGUGGACUCCAUCCUUCGUGCUGUCGCUCGUUCUCCCCUUCAAGUCGAAAAAGUUACGCGAAAUAAACGACCCAAGGUCUCGUUUGUACCAGACUUACUCCAAGUGUCGAGCACGUCGGCACCGCUACACUCUCCGAAGGUGGAUUCAUCACAGGAUGCCGAGUCAGAGCAUGCGGGGCAUGGUGUGGCACCCAGUUUGGGCCCCCCCGACGACAACAAACCUGAAUGGACCAUGAGUGGGAAUAGUUGCCCCUCUGCCGCGUCCACUCGCAAACGGCCCAUGACCACCUGGGCAGGUACGGCGGACGACGUUCCUGCUAGGAGCAACUGCCAUCCUCUUAUUCAUACACCACCUCAUGACUACUGGGCCACGUGCUACAGUGCCCCUAAUCAAGUCGCAUACCCUAAUAUUUUGUUUUCAUCACCUCCUGUCACUAGUCUAUCGUCACACCAUACGAGGAGACGCUCGUUAGGAUACUCACGAGGCGUUCAAACGUUUGGCGAGCUGCCAUUCGUUCACCAUGCCUCUGCUGGACCUGCGAUUGGUCUGUUGUCCACUCUCCCCCUUCGUGGUCGUGCUUUAUUCCAAUUUAAUGGCCAGGUGGAGAGUCACGAGGGAACAAGCUGGAGCGAUUGCGCCUCAGGACAGACGAUUGACUCAGAGUUAUCGUGGUCGUCGUCAUCAAAUCCGGUUGCGGGUAAUGGGAAUAUCCAACGAUCCAAGGAUCUUUCGAUUCUUCGCAGUUUCUGUGCAGAGGCCACCAUGAAUACGACGGCAGCACACUUCUUCUACAAUUCCGUCACAGGCAUGACCUCCGGCGGCAUAGAUGACUGUCGAGGAAUGGAUCCAGUUUUUGACCCAAGCAUUGACUCGAACUUACCGCCGCCCUCAAUCUCAGGUGUAACUCUACCGCCCUCCGAGCCGCAUAAGUUCGAAGGCUUAUACGACGCUUGCGGCGAGAGCUCUGCGAAACCUCCGGUUCCAGCUCUAGCGACGGAGAAGAUGACCAAUGUGCAUCAACUUCGUGAUCAUACCACUGCCUGCGGUUGGAUUAAUCCCGAUGGAAUGGUUUGCAAUAAACCAAUUGAUUACCAUUGCGAAGGCCAUUUUGCCACUGCACACGGUAUCACGAAAUUGCCAUCGGUUGUCAAAGUCGGGUGCCGUUGGUGUCCUGCAAGUGCGCGGAAAGAGGUGAAACGAAAAGGUUUCAUCCGACAUGUAAGGGAAGCCCAUAUGAAGUACCAGCGCCCAGAGAAAAGAAAGGCUCCCGCACCUUGGAAAGGAAGAAGACGAAGGAGAACCUGCCAGUGA